GGUACCUUGAGUGUCCUACCUUCCGUUACAUCAAGGCAGUUACCCCGCUCUAUGUUGAUAUAAGGCAACAGUUAAGGCAACAGCUACGAUGUAUGUAGCGCGUACCAUUCCUGUUUCCGUGUCGAUUAACCAGGUGGAACUAUUCUGAUUUCACACUAUGCCAGGCAAGCACGUUGCUAGAGGAGGCAAAGGUGGGAAGGGCCUCGGCGGGAAAGGAGGGAUCAAACGGCACCGUAAGAUACUUCGCGACAAUAUUCAGGGAGUUACCAAGCCCGCUAUCAGACGACUAGCCCGUAGAGGUGGCGUCAAGCGAAUAUCAGCACAAAUCUACGAUGAAGUGCGAGUGGCCUUAAAAGCGAGGCUCGAAGAGAUCAUACGGGAUUGUGUUAUUUACACAGAAUACCGACAGAAGAAAACGGUCACUAUCAACGAUGUCUUACAUUCUCUGAAACGGAUUGGCCGGCCCAUAUACGGUUUCGACGAUGUAAGCGGCGGACCGCCAAAAAAGCGGUAAACUCUUGAAGAUUGGCUUUUAUAUGAGGAGUAUGUUCAAGCCAAGGUACAAUGUAGUGGAAAGAACUAAUAGAGUUGGCUUUUUUUUUUUUUUUUUUUAACGGCCUGAUUGGGACUAUUGGUGUAUGGAUGGAUGGAUGGUUAUGGAUUUACUUUUAUCUCUGCUCUUUGAACGCAGCUAGUUGGA